GUUACCUCUUUCUUAUCUGUGCCUUGACGAAUUUAGCCAUUGGACUAUAACUAAGAAUAGCACUCUUUGACCCAUCAUUUAGAUUUAUCUACUAAAUGCCCAUCUCUUCUAUGAUUUGCUACUUUUACAGUCUAAGAUCAAUUGGACAUGGCUACUUUUCAGAGAAACAUGCUUUGAAAAUUUAUAUGGUCAGUCAAAAAUCAAGCACUUCUAUCAACAUCUCAAUUAAAAACUUGUGACUUUAUCUCCAGAUAUUUGUUUCAUUUUGUUUAGUGUGUACGCAACUCCAAAUUUCUGAUCUUUCAAGCUUUAAGAUUACAGAUUUUAAUGGCCAGUGUGAAAGAAAGAUUAAUCAAAUGGAUGACAACCUCAGAAAGAAACUCAAAGUUGACUUAUCGUUCCUUCGUAAGAUCUAGUGAUGCAAAAUCACCAUCAGACAAUGUUCUUGUUCAGAAGAAAAUUCCACUUCGUUUCUGUAGCAAAGUAGGUGUGAUGUUCCUGAAAAAAUGGUUCUUAGGUUUCUAUAAGUUAAAAUCUUAGAAAGCAUGAAUAUCCAAUGACUUCAAAACACAUAUUUGUGAAGAUACUUUUGCAAAGUGAUAUGGAGAAAGGUUGUAUUCAUCUUGCUCUUGGACUUUUGCUGCUUCAGCAAAUGAAUACUUGUUUGUCAAUUGUUAAUAUCACUACUGAUCAAACAACACUUCUUGCCUUGCGAUCUCAAUUUUCUUUAUACGAUUCCCACCACCUCUUGACUAGAAACUGGUCCACUUUUACCCCUACUUGUAGUUGGAUAGGAGUUACUUGUGGCCCUCGCCACCAAAGAGUCACUGCCUUAAAUCUUUCUAGUAUGAACCUUAAAGGAAUGGUUCCACCACAACUUGGAAAUCUCUCGUUUCUCAUUUCCCUCGAUAUCAGAAACAAUAGCUUCUAUGGGAAUUUGCCAGAGGAGUUAGCUCGUUUGAGGAGAUUGAAAAUGAUCAAUGUCAUGAAUAACAACUUUACUGGUGCAAUCCCAUCAUUUUUCGGCCUGUUACCAAACCUCCAUUCCCUGUACCUUUCAUUUAACCAAUUUUCGGGUAAUAUACCUACAUCCCUUUUUAAUAUAACAAAACUAAAGUAUUUAAGACUACGAGGGAAUUUUCUUGGUGGAGAAAUUCCUCAAGAAAUCAGUAGACUCUGUUGCCUGACUUCCAUAGACCUGCAGGAUAAUAAGCUUAUAGGCUCUAUACCACCAACUAUGUUUAACCAGUCAUCACUUAAACAGAUUGGUCUAACAAAGAACAAUCUUUAUGGGAAACUGCCUGGAAACAUAUGUGACAAUCUUCCAAAUUUAGAGGCACUUGCGCUUUCAGGCAAUCGGUUUGAUGGCUUGAUUCCUCCAAAUUUGCAGAACUGCUCAAAACUUCAAAUAUUAUCAUUGUCUCAAAAUGAUUUCACCGGAACCAUACCAGCAGAAAUCGGGAACUUAACUAUGCUGACAGCACUGCAGCUUGGAGUUACCUACUUGAAAGGUGAAAUACCAAUGGAGAUUGGAUAUCUUCAAAAGCUCCAAAUAUUCGGAUUGUAUCAAAAUAGGCUGAGUGGUUCAAUUCCAGCAAGCAUUUUCAACAUUUCAUCCCUCCAAAUCUUGACCAUUGUGGAUUGUCAGCUUUCAGGGAGUCUACCAUUAAAUGUAGGCCAAGGGACACCAAAUCUGCAAGAAAUUUAUUUGGGAAUGAAUAAUCUCAGUGGCCUCUUCCCUUCUUCAAUCUCUAAUGCAUCAAAACUCAUUGCUCUAGACCUUUCAAACAACAGCUUUUCAGGCUCCAUUCCUGAUUCCCUAAGUAAGUUAGAAUUCCUUCAACUUCUACAGUUAGGGCAAAACAAGUUGAUCAACCAGAAUCCCUCUUCAGAAUUAACCUUCCUGACUUCACUUACAAGAUGUCGAAAUCUAAGAGAACUGGUCAUUGGUCCAAAUCCCUUGAAUGGCAUUCUUCCGGCUUCUAUUGGUAAUUUCUCGAGCUCUCUCAAAAGAUUUUCUGCACCCGGGUGCAAACUCAGCGGCAUUAUACCAGAAGAAAUUGGAAACCUAACAAAUGUGAUUAGCAUACUUCUAUUUGUCAAUGAUUUGACAGGGUUCAUCCCCAAAACUGUUGGAGGUUUGCAGAAGCUUCAAAGGUUUCUUAUACACAGUAACAUGAUAAGUGGGACUAUUCCAGAUGAAAUUUGCUCUUUACAAAAUAUUGGAGACCUAGGUGUAGGGCAAAAUAAAAUUUCAGGUCCAUUACCGUCGUGUUUGGGGAACCUUACUAGUUUGAGAAAUCUUUAUUUAGCUUCCAACAGAUUGAACUCCAGUUUACCUGAGAGCAUGUGGAGCCUUCAAGAUCUAUUGAUACUUGAUGCAGCAUCAAAUUCAUUUUCUGGUGUUCUGUCUCCCAUAAUUGGAAAUCUAAAGGCUAUUACAAAAAUUGAAUUGUCAUACAAUGACUUUUCAGGCAUGAUUCCUAGCACGAUGGGAGGUCUACAAAAAAUGAUUUAUUUUUCUCUAUCACACAACAGAAUUGAUGGCCCCAUUCCAGUGUCUUUUGGGAAAUUGUUAAGCUUGGAAUUCUUGGAUUUGAGUUAUAACAAUCUAACUGGUGAAAUACCAAAGUCCUUAGAAGCUCUUGUGUACCUCAGAUACCUUAAUGUUUCCUUCAAUAAACUCAGCGGAGAAAUUCCAUCUGGUGGUCCUUUCGCAAACUUCACCAAUCAGUCUUUUGUGUCUAAUCAUGCAUUAUGUGGUGUAUCAAGGCUCCAAGUGCCACCAUGUCAAGUCAAGUCUCCGCGAAGGGCGAGGAGAAAAAGAGUACUUUUCUCGAUCCUGUAUAGUCUUUUGGGAAUAACAUCAGUAUUUGUUGCAUUAGCCGUUGGAUUUCUUAUUUUAAGAAGAAGAAAUAGAAAUGAACCAUCAGGAUUAACUGAUCAGGUAUCAUCCAUGAGGGCCUACGAAAGAGUUUCGUAUUAUGAACUUCAACAAGCAACAAAUGGAUUCAGCGCGGACAAUUUGCUUGGUAUUGGGAGUUUUAGCAAGGUGUACAAAGGGGUAAAGGACGGGAUGACAUUCGCAGUAAAGGUAUUCAAACUGGAACAUGAAGGUGCAUUCAAGAGCUUUGAAACAGAAUGUGAGAUCUUACGCAACCUUCGCCAUAGGAACCUGACCAAAGUCAUAACUUCUUGUUCCCACUCUAAGUUCAAGGCCUUAAUAUUAGAGUACAUGCCAAAUGGCACCCUAGACAAAUGGUUACACUCUCAUGACUUAUUCUUAGACAUGUUGCAUAGGUUGGACAUAAUGGUAGAUGUAGCAUCUGCCUUGGACUAUCUCCAUAACGGUAAUUCAGAGCCAGUGGUGCAUUGUGAUUUGAAGCCUAGCANAAUUCAGAGCCAGUGGUGCAUUGUGAUUUAA